GAAGGACUAAUAUAUAGGAAGAUCAAAAACAUAUAUAAUUGGAUUGCUCCUUGCAGACCAUCUUCUGCAUAUAGAAAUGGAGGAAACUACCAUCAAUUUUGGGUCUAAGAAGAUUGCAGUUGUUACUGGAGCCAACAAAGGGAUUGGACUUGAGAUUAGCAAGCAAUUAGCUGCUAAAGGAGUUGGGGUGGUAUUAACAGCAAGAGAUGUGAAGAGAGGAACAGAAGCUGCUGAAAAUCUUAAGGCUUCUGGGUUCUCUGAUGUGGUAUUUCAUCAGCUAGAUGUAACAGAGCCGACUACUAUUGCUUCUUUGGCAAACUUUCUUGAAACGCAAUUUGGAAAGCUUGACAUAUUGGUUAACAAUGCAGGAGUCGUUGGAUCUGUAUACCUCACAGCCGACUAUGAUCCAGUGCAAACAUACGAGACAGCGAGGGAUUGUUUGAAAACAAACUAUUAUGGGCUCAAGCAACUCACAGAAGCACUUGUUCCGCUGCUUCAAAAAUCUGAAGCUGCAAGGAUAGUCAAUGUCUCUUCCGGAUUAGGACAGCUAAGAAAUAUUGGAAAUGAGAAGGCCAAGAAGGAGCUAGGAGAUGCAGAUAACCUCAACGAGGAGAAAGUGGACAAGCUAGUUGAGGAAUUUCUGGAGGAUGUGAAACAGGAUUCGAUAGAAUCGAAAGGCUGGCCUCUAAGUAUAUCUGCCUACAUUGUCUCAAAAGCAGCUCUGAAUGCUUAUACAAGACUCUUGGCAAAGAAGUAUCCCCAUAUUGCCAUAAACGCAGUUGGUCCAGGUUAUACCAAAACAGACCUCAAUAAUAAUUCCGGGAUUCUCACAGUUGAAGAAGCUGCAGUAGGUCCUGUGAGGCUGGCUUUGAUAGCCGAAACUAGAAUUUCCGGCCUCUUCUUCAACAGAAAUGAAGAGUCGACCUUUGAUUAGGUCAACGUGAUCCCUGAUGAACUGGACUAUUUUAGAUUUUCAGAAUGUGCUUGAUUUUGUUGAAGUAUUUAUGGGAUUUGUAUGUAUACUUUGAUGUAUCAUUGUAUUAAUAGAGCACAUGUUGUUAUCAUAUUCUUGGCUUUGUUCUGAAAUCUACUACUACCUUGUCACC